AUGGGCCAUAUCAGCGCCUUUGAGAUGAAUAGGGUGGCUUAUGCGACCAUGUUUGGGCCGACGACGGGAGACAGGCUGAGACUGGGAAGCACUAAUCUUUGGAUUAAGGUUGAGCAGGACUUCACAGUCUAUGGAGACGAGUGCAAGUUUGGUGGCGGCAAGACGCUGCGUGAGGGCAUGGGGCAGGCUACGGGCCGCCCAGACUCGGAAUCACUCGACAUGGUUGUGACCAAUGCGCUCAUCGUCGACUGGAGCGGCAUUUACAAGGCUGACAUCGGCGUCAAGCACGGCAUGAUCGUGGGUAUUGGCAAGGCAGGCAACCCAGAUGUCAUGGACGGCGUGACGCCGAACAUGGUGGUCGGCAGCUGCACAGAUGUCGUCGCUGGAGAGAACAAGAUCAUCACAGCAGGCGGUAUCGAUACGCACAUUCACUUCAUCUGCCCGCAGCAGACAUCGGAAGCGAUUGCAUCUGGUGUGACGACCAUGUUGGGUGGUGGAGUUGGCCCCAGCGCUGGCACGAGCGCAACGACAUGCACGCCUGGGAAGCACUAUAUGCGCCAAAUGCUACAGGCAUGCGAUAGCCUUCCCCUGAACAUUGGUAUCACUGGCAAAGGAAAUGACAGCGCACCAGAGGGUCUCCGCGAUCAAGUUAACGCUGGCGCUUGUGGACUCAAACUACACGAAGAUUGGGGUUCCACGCCUGCAGCAAUCGAUACCUGCCUGUCGGUUUGCGAUGAACUCGAUGUGCAGUGCCUCAUUCAUACGGAUACGCUGAACGAAUCUGGUUUCGUUGAGUCCACCAUAGGCGCCUUCAAGAACCGGACCAUUCACACAUAUCACACCGAAGGUGCAGGCGGCGGUCAUGCGCCAGACAUUAUCUCCGUCGUCGAGCACCCCAAUGUCCUGCCUUCGUCCACCAACCCCACGCGCCCCUACACUCGCAACACGCUUGAUGAGCACCUCGACAUGCUCAUGGUCUGUCACCAUCUCUCGAAGAACAUCCCCGAGGACGUCGCAUUUGCCGAGUCUCGUAUCCGCGCCGAGACCAUUGCUGCCGAAGAUGUCCUCCACGACCUCGGCGCCAUCAGCAUGAUGAGCUCCGAUUCCCAGGCCAUGGGCCGCUGCGGCGAGGUUAUCUUGCGCACCUGGAACACGGCGCACAAGAAUAAGGACCAGCGCGGCACCCUGCCCGAGGACGAGGGCACCGACGCAGACAACUUCCGCGUCAAGCGAUACGUCAGCAAGUAUACUGUCAACCCAGCCAUCGCCCAGGGCUUCAGUCACCUCAUCGGCAGCGUAGAGGUUGGCAAGCUGGCCGAUCUCGUCGUCUGGGAUCCCGCGUGGUUCGGAACCAAGCCGAGCCUUGUCAUCAAGAGUGGGCUGAUAGCAUGGGCGCAAAUGGGCGACCCCAAUGCUUCCAUUCCAACCAUCCAACCCAUCAUCGGCCGCCCCAUGUUCGCGCCGCUGGUCCCCGACACGUCCGUCCUCUUCGUCUCAGCCUCGUCCAUUGAGUCGGGGGCCAUCGCAUCGUACGGCCUGCGCAGCCGCGUCGAGGCCGUACGUAACUGCCGCAACAUUGGCAAAAAGGACAUGCGCUACAACGACUCGAUGCCGCGGAUGCGCGUAGACCCGGAGCAGUACGUCGUCGAGGCCGACGGUGUCGUCUGCGAGGCCGAGCCGGCCGAGAGGUUGCCGCUGACGCAGCAGUUUUACGUGUACUGA